AUGGCUCAGCUAAUCCACGACGUCGCUCCAGGUGCGGACAUCAUGUUCUACACCGCUUGGAUUUCGGAUGUCGACUUUGCCAACGGUAUUCUCGCGUUGGCUNNUGACGUGAUUGUCGACGACAUCGGUUACGCCAACGAACCAUGGUUCCAGGAUGGUAUCAUCGCUCAAGCGAUCGAUAUCGUUGUUGCCCAGGGUGUUUCCUACUUCGCUGCCGCUGGGAACAGCGGACGUGACAGUUACCAGGGCGCUUACCAAGACAGCGGCAUCGAUGACGUGGUCGAUGGUACCCUGCACGACUUCGAUCCCGGUAGCGGUGUCGACGUGCGUCAAAGUGUGACGAUUCCGGCAGGCGGCGUUUUCAGCGUGGUGCUGCAGUGGGAUCAGCCGUACGCUUCGGCAGGCGGCCUCGGGGCACAAAGCGACUACGACAUUUACUUGCUGGAUGAUGACGACGAAGUGGUCGCAAGCUCGGUCGACGUGAACGUCGUUACCGGCGAUCCGUUUGAGUUCCUCGGUUACGUCAACCUGAGUACUGAAACUAGCUACCACAUCGUUAUCUCGAAGUUCUCGGGCGACGAUGCUGGCUUGUUGAAAUAUGUCGACUGGAUUGUCAGUCCCGGCGUGACCGUCAACGAAUGGUACACCAACGACGGUACAGCUGUUGGUCACGUGACUGCGGCGGGUACUGCGGCUGUGGGUGCUGCGGCGUUCUAUGAUACGCCUGUCUUCGGCACCAACCCACCAGUUAAGGAAUCGUUCUCGUCGGUUGGUGGCGUGCCAACGUUCUUCGAUCUCGACGGCAAUCGAUUGAACGUUCCUGAGUAUCGUCAGACGCCUGACUUUGUUGCUCCCGACGGAACGAACACCACGUUCUUCGGUCAAGAUAUUCCGGAAGAUAGCGACUUCUUCCCGAACUUCUUCGGUACUUCGGCUGCUGCCCCUCACGCGGCUGCUGUGGCUGCGUUGAUGCUGCAGAAGAAUCCUAAUCUGACUCCUGAGCAGCUCUACGGAAUUCUGGAAGAUACCGCCAUCGACAUGGCCACGAGCGGGCCUGAUAUCGAAACCGGACAUGGUCUGAUCAAUGCUUACGCUGCCAUUGCGGCAACGCCAGCUGUUUCGGGCGGUGGUGGAGGCGACGGCGGUUCGACGGUUGUCGACGCUUGUGGUGUCGCGCUGCCGGAUGGAACGGUUUCGUUCGCAGGGGCGAUCGGUGGUAACUUCUUUGCGACCAACCACGCGAUUCUCGACGGCACGAAUCCUGGUCAGCUCGGAUACGACGACAUCAUCCUCGACUUCCUGCGUGGCAAGGGUACCGCAACCGAAAUUCCGAAGGCGGAAUACUCGAUUGCCGUGGUCGGAAAUGGUGCCGUUGCCUGGUCGUUCUCGAACGGCACGCAAUCGGCGACCGGAUACGAGCGAACCGAUUACUACAAUAUCAACUUCAUCGAUCCGGCUGUCUUCAAUGAACUGAUCAAUCACGAUCUGAUCAUUAUGCUUUCGGGUGAAGAUGCUGUGACGGACGGCCUUUCCUCUUCGGAAAUGGCUCUGUGGGCAACCGUGGAAGAUAACCUGGCCAAUGCCGUGAACGAUCGCGGUUUGGAUCUCUGGGUUGGUGCUUCCGGUGGCGACAACGACUACUACGAAUUCCUGCCGACAGGGGCACUUUCGGCGGUAACGCAAACGGGCCUCGAUCCACUGGAUGGCUUUGAAGUCACCGCUGAAGGUCAGCUGAUCGGCGUGACCGAAGCCAUGGUCGACGCAGCCGAUGCGGAAGAGUACUUCGAUGUCAUCGACAACGAUUUCUUCUCGCUGGAACAACGCUUCCUGGGCGAACCAAUUUCGAUCGCCGCUUCGGGAAUUGCCUUCUACAACGACGAAGUCAUUGCUGCUUCCGACGUGCCUGGUGGUACGACCCAGGGAAUGAUUGGUCUGGCGUUUCAAGACCUAGACAUGGAUGGCUUCCGCGAUCCAAUCGAGUCGGGUGUCGCAGGGGCGAAGUUCUUCAUCGACUAUAACGGCGACGGUCUGAUUGGACUGUGCGAACCAACGGCGACUUCGAACGCGUUGGGGCAGUUCCACUUGCGAUCGGCCUACUCCGGUACGUUCCAGAUCAUGCCGGUUCCAACGGCUGGGUCGGUGAUCACGACCACGAAUCCGGUUUACGUCACGAUCAACACGGACGGUUCCGCUUCGCUGAGUGCACCACUCGAGUUCGGUGUGAUCUCGGGUUCCGACUCGGGCGAUAGCGGCCUGGGCGGUUCGGUGCCGGUCGCUCCUGGUGCCUACCUCGGCAAUAGCCCAAUUGAAGAUGACGGUGUUUUCUUCAAUAACGGUAUUAAGAAGGGAACCAACACGGUAACGAUCACUUCCAGCGUGACUCACAACAAUGUCGUGAUGAACGCUUGGCUAGAUCUAAACAAAGAUGGUGACUUCAACGACGCCAACGAACGCAUCUUCACCNNUGGCCAGAACGAGUACACGUUCACGAUUCCAACGAACGUGUUUGACGAUUCGGUUUUGCCGGAACUGGCUCGUUUGGCUGCGAACAUGCGAUUCCGCGUCGGUCCGACGUUGAACAUCGGUGCUACCGACAACGAUGCGUUUGGUGAAAUCGAAGACUACAAAGUCUUCAUCACUCAGCCUGCCGACAGUGGCUUGACCGCUCGAGACGAUGUCUUCUCGUACGAAGAUGACACCGCCGAUCAGGUCUUCCAUGUCUUGGCGAACGACAGCAGCUUCUUCAAUCGAUCGCUGCGAAUCGUUGCCGGCAGUGUGACGAACAUCAGCCCUGUCGAAACCCCACCGCUGGACAUCACUGUUUCGGACGAUGGAACGCGUAUCAUCUUCGACGCUUCUGGGGUCGUUGAUCUGACCGAAGACAUCACGUUCGAGUACACCGUGAUCGAUUCGGCAGGCGUCACUGCAACCGCAACGGUCACGUUGGUUUCGCCGGUAGAUCCAGUCGUGCCUCCAACGACAUCGGGCACACUGGCGUUUAACAACACCAACAUGGUUACCGACGUGAAUAACGACGGAAACCUGAGCGGUUUGGACUAUGUAACGAUCUUGAAGGAACUGCGAACCGUUGGUGCUCGUAACCUGCCUAACCUAGGCAGCGGAUCGUCGAACUUCACCAAGUUCAUCGACGUAAACGGUGACGGUCGAUUCUCGAAUCUCGACUUGCUGGCAAUCAUCAACAUGAUGAACUCGCCAUUGGCUGGAGAAUCCACGCCAGCUGUCGAAGUGAUUGCUGCCGUCAAGCAAGAGGAAACGGUCGCUCCUGUCGCAACGACGCCAGAAGUCGCUGCAGCGACUCAGCCGCGUACUGCCACGGUGUUCCAGCCGAUCUUCGCCAGCAUGAUGUCGACGACGACUUCGAGCGAAGGCAAUGUCGUCGAGACGGAAAUCGUCAGCGAAGAAGAUCUCGCAGAUGCGACGUUCAGCUCGCUUGGAACGACGCAAAGCUAUCUGCUUUGGGGUAGUGACGACGAACUUGAUUUCGCUGCGGAAUCAGGCGACUCGGAAGAUGACAUCUUCGCCGACGAAGCCUUGACGAAGGCCGAUUGCGCCGGGUCGGCAUUUUACCUAUUCGAGAUUUAA